AUGCGCAUCAUGAAAACUCUGCCAUGGUUGACAGAACCAUUCAAGCACUUUGCACAGACAUUGGGAUUUGCCAUCCAUGAUGCUGCUGGUGAGGCUGAGGCAGAACUUGCCGCACUUAGUCGCAGUGGUGUUAUCGAUGCAGUCAUCACUGAGGACAGCGAUGCACUGGUAUUUGGGGCUUCACGUGUCUUCAGGAGUGCUACACAACAUGGAGAGGUAAUGCUCUCUAAUGGCGGCCUUCUGCUUAUGGCUCUGUUGUGUGGUGGUAACUACCAUGAUGGACUUCCAGGCUGUGGGUGGAGAACGGCGCGUGGAUUAGCACAAUAUGGUAUUGGCGACAAUCUCCUUCAAGAGGCUCAGGCCCAUUCACUCACAUCAAACCAUGAAGGACUGAAGGACUAUAUCUGUGGCUGGUCCUGUCACCUACAAGAAAUCUUUGUCAAGGAUCCACUUGGCCACAUUGGCCAGCGUCACCCCAGGUUUUUGAACAAUGUUCCUGACAAUUUUCCUGAUGUAUCAGUUGUACUGGCAUAUGUCAAACCCCCAACCUCUGCGCAGCCAGUUGGUCAUGAUUUCAUCCACUCAAAGGUCUUGGACUUAGAGAAUCUCACAUACCUGUGUGAAUUCCACUUUUGCUGGUCAAAAUACAUGCCCCCAGGCCCAGUAAGAGAUGCAGAGAGCAUGGGGACUAUGUGGAAGUUGCAGGACUACAUUUGGCCUGGAAUCUGUAUCCGUGUGCUUCUAGAGUACCAGGUCGAGGUCAAGUCAUGCACACUCAUCACUGCUGCAAAGAAAGGUGUGAUGCGAGUCCAGCACAUGGCAGAGUGGACACCCGCUGAGUCUGCCGCCAUUAUCAACUCACAGUCCGACAUGUUGGUGGAUUUGACGAGCUGGGUUUGGGUGCCUGUACCAUUGGUGGAAGAUCAUCUUCCAGCACUCAUUCACGCAUUCAGAAGCAGAGGUGGCAAGAGGCAGCAACCAGGCGCAUCCACUGUGGUGGCAUCCUGUGAUCAUCAGGGCAUGGAGAUAAUAGAACUAACUGAUUCCGACAGAGACACUGCCAAACAGCAAGUGUCGCAUAACACAAAGAGGAAGAGACAUACUUUUGAUGCUUAUGCCUUGGAGGUACUGGAACUUACUGAUUCAGACUAA